AUGGGCAAACACGAGAUUGCUGCUUGGAUGGAAAAAGAAGCCUCAGCUCAACGAUCUUUGGCUUCUUAUGCUGUCGACAGGGCCCAUCGAAACAAGGGUUCCAGGCAGGGGUUUGUACUACCGAUAAGUUUUCGAGCUUUCACUUGGCACAGGCCUGGCCACGACAAGAUGAAGAUGCUGAAAGAGGUCAUCAAAGUACGAAAGGAGGAUACAGCUGCCUCCUCCAGAGGCCAGGCUGGGGAAGAGGAAGAUGAAGGGGAAGAGGAAGAUGAGGGGGAAGAGAAAGAUGAGGGUGAAGAGGAAGAUGAGGGGGAAGAGGAAGGGGCUAAGGGCGAAGAGGAAGGUGAAGGGGAAGCUGAGGCUUGUAUGAGCGAUGUUGAUGACAAGGGCACCUUUAAGGAUGAAGGAGACGACCCAGGUCCGGUGCCGAAGCUUUCCAAAGCUACAUUAAAGAAAGCAGCUGAUGCGGCUUUCCGAAAUGAAGGGAACGAUGACCGUCGCACAGUUCUGGAGGCUCAGAAGAGGACGAGGGCAGCCCUUCGGAAGGGUUGCGAGGAUAUGUCAGAGCCCAGGAGCCCUGAGUCGUUGCCCGAAAAGGCGGGCAAAAAGAAGGGACGAGGUCGGGGCCGGGGCCGUGGCAAGGCCCAGAUGAAGAGGCCUGCUGCAGCUGAUGCCCAGCCACCUGCCAAAAAAGGCAAGACCGGUAAAGGCAAAGAAAAGGAGAAUGAAAAUGAGGAGGAAGGGCAGGAGGAUGAUCACGAUAAGCAGGAGCAGAGCACAAGCAAAACCAGCAAGAGCAAGAAGAAGGGCAACAAGCCAUGCAACAAGCAGGAAGAGGAGCAAGAGAACCCAGAGGAAGAGGAGCAAAAGAACCCAGAUGAAGAGGAGCAAGAGAACCCGGAGGAAGAUGAGCAGGAGAACCCGGAGCAAGAGGAACAGGAGAACCCAGAGGAAGAGGAACAAGAGAACCCAGAGGAAGAGGAAGCAGAGAACCCAGAGGAAGAGGGGGAGAUAUGCAAGGAGCUACCGCCGAAGGUCCAGCAGUACUUGAAGGAGAUGAGGGCCAUUGCCGCCAAGGACCAUCGGUUCCUGGUUGCUGAGCAGGAGAUUCUGAAUGGAGUCAGGUCUUGGACCCUGGAGAAUGAUGCAUCUCCCUGCAAGUUUCAGUUCGGCUCGGGCAACUUCUACAUUAGUGGCCUACGCAAAGCGGUCCUAGACAAGCUGAACAAAGAGAAUCUGUGUGAUCAUCAGUUUCAGAUCAACCGAAAACAGACCCUCACGGUGGGCUGGUCGAAGUUUCCCAACAUGCAGAAAGCGUGGGAGUUCGCUACACGAGCAGCCGAAUGGUGA